UUUAUUAUCAUGUCUUUCUAGUCCUAACAGGGGCUUCACAGAAAUGCACUGUAUGAGUGGCCACUCCAAUUUUGUAUCUUGUGUAUGCAUCAUACCUUCAAGUGACGCACAUCCUCAUGGACUAAUCGCCACUGGAGGAAAUGACCAUAAUAUUUGCAUUUUCUCACUGGAGAGCCCAGCACCACUUUACAUACUAAAAGGUCACAAAAAUGCUGUUUGUAGUCUUUCAUCUGGAAAAUUUGGGACAUUACUUAGUGGCUCAUGGGACACCACUGCUAAAGUCUGGCUGAAUGACAAAUGCAUGAUGACCUUACAGGGUCAUACAGCUGCAGUCUGGGCUGUAAAGAUCUUACCUGAACAGGGCUUAAUGUUAACUGGAUCAGCAGACAAGACUAUUAAACUGUGGAAAGCUGGAAGAUGUGAGAGGACUUUUUCAGGGCAUGAAGACUGUGUAAGAGGUUUGGCAAUUUUGAGUGAAACAGAAUUUCUUUCGUGCGCAAAUGAUGCCAGUGUUAGAAGGUGGCAAAUUACUGGCGAGUGUCUCGAAGUCUAUUUUGGACAUACAAAUUAUAUUUAUAGCAUAUCUAUCUUUCCAAAUUGUAAAGAUUUUGUGACAACAGCAGAAGACAGAUCUCUGAGAAUCUGGAAAAAUGGGGAAUGUGCUCAAACAAUCCGACUUCCAGCUCAGUCUAUAUGGUGCUGCUGUGUGCUAGACAAUGGUGACAUUGUGGUUGGUGCGAGUGAUGGUAUUAUUAGAGUGUUUACAGAAUCAGUGGAUCGGACAGCAAGUGCUGAAGAAAUCAAGGCCUUUGAAAAGGAACUCUCUCAGGCAACCAUUGAUCCCAAAACUGGUGAUUUAGGGAACAUUAAUGCGGAGCAGCUUCCUGGGAGGGAACAUCUGAACGAACCUGGUUCUAGAGAAGGACAGACCCGUCUAAUCAGAGAUGGGGAGAGAGUCGAAGCCUAUCAGUGGAGUGUUAGUGAAGGGAGGUGGAUAAAAAUUGGUGAUGUUGUUGGCUCAUCUGGUGCUAAUCAGCAAACAUCUGGAAAAGUUUUAUAUGAAGGGAAAGAAUUUGAUUAUGUUUUCUCAAUUGAUGUCAAUGAAGGUGGACCAUCCUAUAAAUUGCCAUAUAACAUCAGUGAUGAUCCCUGGUUAACUGCAUACAACUUCUUGCAGAAGAAUGAUUUGAAUCCCAUGUUUUUGGAUCAAGUGGCAAAAUUUAUUAUUGAUAACACAAAAGGUCAAAUGUUGGGACUUGGGAAUACCAGUUUGUCAGAUCCAUUUACAGGUGGUGGUCGGUAUGUUCCAGGCUCUUCAUCUGGCUCUUCUAACACAAUGUCUGCAGCCGAUCCUUUUACAGGUGCAGGCCGUUAUGUGCCAGGGUCUGCAAGUAUAGGAGCUACCAUAUCUGGAGUUGAUCCAUUUACAGGGAGUAGUGCCUACCAAUCAGCUGCAUCUAAAACGGUGAAUAUUUAUUUCCCUAAAAAAGAGGCUGUCACUUUUGACCAAGCAAACCCUACACAAAUAUUGGGUAAACUGAAGGAACUUAAUGGAACUGCACCAGAAGAGAAGAAGUUAACUGAGAAUGACCUGAUACUUCUUGAGAAGAUACUGUCUAUAACAUGUAAUAGUUCUUUCGAAAAACCCACAGCCCAACAACUUCAGAUUUUGUGGAAAGCUAUUAACUGGCCUGAAGAUAUCGUCUUUCCUGCGCUUGACAUUCUUCGGUUGUCAGUUAAACAUCCCAGUGUGAAUGAGAACUUCUGUAAUGAAAAGGAAGGGGCUCAAUUCAGCAGUCAUCUGACCAGUCUUCUGAACCCUAAAGGAAAACCAGCGAACCAGCUGCUUGCUCUGAGGACUUUUUGCAAUUGUUUUGUUGGCCAGGCAGGACAAAAGCUCAUGAUGUCCCAGAGGGAAGCGCUGAUAUCCCAUGCAGUAGAACUGAAAUCAGGGAGCAAUAAGAACAUUCACAUUGCUUUGGCUACCUUGACCCUGAACUAUUCUGUUUGUUUUCAUAAAGACCAUAACAUUGAAGGAAAAGCUCAAUGCUUGUCAGUAAUUAGCACAAUCUUCGAAGUUGUACAAGACCUAGAAGCCAUUUUUAGACUUCUUGUAGCUCUUGGGACACUGAUCAGUGAUGAUUCAAAUGCUAUACAGUUAGCAAAGUCUUUAGGCGUUGAUUCUCAAAUAAAAAAAUAUGCCUCAGUAUCAGAACCAGCUAAAGUAAGUGAAUGCUGUAAACUUAUCCUAAAUUUGCUGUAACAAUGGGGAAGGGGACUGAGAUUUUAAAUUGAUUAAAAUGAUCAAUGUGGGUUUUUUUCCUCACAUUUUACAUGACUGAUAACAGAUCAUUUAAAAAAUGCUGUGGAUUAAAUAAAAUUUCAGAUCUUGUAAUAAGGGGGUGGGGGGAAUGAAGGAGAAAUAAAGUUUUUGCACUGAUGAACUGUGAGAUUUUCCUGUAUAAUGUGGGUAGGUUUUCAGGAGUUUUGAAACAAAUUAAGAAUGAGUUAUAAUCAAUAACAACUACAGUGGCAUAAUUUGUGUAUUUUAGCCACACAGGAGAAGAUGAGCUUUUAUUUAAAUCUGUUUUUAUUACUUAUAUAUCCUUGGUUGGUAAUUGUUGAUGGUUGUCUUUUAUUGAGUUUCUGCUCUACUCAUUUUCAUUGCUGGGUUCUUUCAACAGCACUGAUACAAGGUCUUGUUUUAGGAUAACUACUCUAGAAAUUUUAAAAACUGAAGUUUGUUGUCAAUGAUUCCAUAUAUUGAAAAUAUGUAAAAUAAUGUAUUCAUUUAAGCCAUUUAUAAAUAGAAAGUGAAUUUGUUUGAUGGCUCAUAUUUAGAUCAAGUAAGAGCAAAUUACCAAGCUAACUCAAGUUAACUCAAGGUUUAUGGUGUAGUUUCUUUUGCCAUUCACUAUUUGAGGUAACUUCAUUAUUCGUUCCAGUUUUGAAAUUUGAUUAUUUUUGGUCAUUUCCAUUAUUUCAAAGGGAAUUUGGAAUGCAUUAAAUUUUAGGCAACUGUACAAGCAAGAAUACAUCAAACUAUGCUAUUGGCAGGUAUUUUUGAGCUCCCAACAUUGUCCAUGUUCUGUGCUAACCACUUCGAUGUUUAAUUCCUAAAACCCCUCAAAUGAAUCCUGAUGUUAUCUCUGUAUUUUCAGAAGUGUCGAUAAUAGGAUGAAUCAUGAUAGGAGAAAAGAAGAAAAGUGCAUACCAUGUUCUACUUCCUAGGAGUGAGGGGGCGGGGGUGUCACAAAUUUGUGAACAUCCUAGCAACUAACACAAAGAAUGAGCCCUGUUUUUAUGCAAUUUAUUAUGUCUGUUGAGUCUGAGCCCCUCUGCCAGAGACUGGACCUCCUUGGAUGCUGGGCAUUAGAAAACAUGUUAAGUCUUAGGUAUAUAAGAGAAGCUUUAUUGCAGUCCAAGUAGCCAUUUCUACUAAGUAGCCAUUAGAAAAAGCAGUCGGACCAAGCAGUCUUUGCUAAUACAGUAGCAAACACAGGAGCCAUACUAAGCGGCCGCUAUACAUAC